AUGGAAUUCGAAAGUCGCACCUUCGCCUACAAGGCUGUAGCCUACUCGGCUAUCACCUUCUCCGCCCUUGCCGUGCUUUCGGUUGCCAUAACCGUGCCAAUGAUAUACAGUUAUGUAAUGCAUGUUCGAGACCAAAUGCAUUCGGAAAUUGGAUUCUGCAGGAAUCAUGCUAAAGAAAUCUGGCACGAAAUCAGCACACUGAAAAAUGCCCCCGCCAAUCACACUCGUAUCGCUCGACAGAACACUUACAUAGCAGAGGAGGGUGCGAAUGCGGCGCUGUGUAAACCGUGCUGCAAUCCAGGCCCUCCUGGUACGCCAGGAGCGCCAGGCAGACCAGGAAGGAACGGUAUGCCUGGCGCACCAGGAAUGCCAGGCAUGCCUGGAAGACCAUCAGAACCGCUCUGUGAGCCAAUCACACCUCCACCGUGCAAACCGUGCCCUAGUGGACCACCUGGCACUCCUGGAGAACCUGGAGAAAUCGGAGAUGCGGGACCAGUUGGACAACCAGGAAGAAAUGGAAAUGAUGGAGCUCCGGGAGAACCAGGGCCCAAAGGUCCACCUGGACCUGCUGGAGAGCCUGGACAACCAGGACCGCCAGGAGAAGCGGGAACGCCAGCUAUACCUGGUAACUCUAUCCAAGGAGAGCCUGGUGCUCCAGGAGAUCAAGGUCCAGUUGGACCACCAGGAAACCCAGUCAUGUGCCUUAAUCUUCGGUCGCUCUUCUUAUGCGAGAAUGUAAGGCGUUUUAUAGGUCAACCAGGACCAAAAGGACCGAAUGGCCCCGAUGGUCCGCCUGGACCAGAUGGUAGACCAGGUCCCCAGGGCCCACCAGGUACUUCGGGCAACGACGGCGAGAAAGGUAUUUGUCCAAAAUACUGCGCCAUCGACGGAGGUAUCUUCUUCGAGGACGGAACGAGACGCUGA